GCGUAUGGAAACUGCUCUUGUGCACGUGACGCGGUACUGGCGAUGCACUUCACGCGCAAGUCCGUGUCCGGGGAAGCCGAAAAGGUCGAUGUUGUGGCUCUCCAGCAACGAGACUUGGCUGACACGCCUGUGUUCCAAUACGUCAUGACCAACAACGCGGUGGAAUUGAUGAAGUACCUCGUACACAACGACAGCCAGCUCAACUCUCGCGACAGCGUCGGCGCCACGCCGCUCCUGAUUGCAUUUUUGUAUAUGAACUUUGACUUGGGCAAGCAAGUCAUACAAGCAUACCCCGUGUCCAAGGGUUUUCCGUAUGCGCUGGCGUCGUAUGACGCUCACGAUGCCAGCCACCCAUCGCCAUACCAGGGCGAAAACAUUCUGCACAUUUCCAUCGUCCAUCGAAAGCUAGACAUCGUGAAAUGGCUUGUGGAACACCUGCCCGACCUUCUCGACGCCGAGACCACAGGCGUGUUCUUCUCGCCCGGCCACGCGUGUUAUUUUGGCGGGACACCGCUUCUAUUCGCGCUGUCGUCGCGGCAGUUGGAUGCCGCGGCAUGCAUUCUCCAAGCCGCCGACCGUGCUCCGCCGACAUCUCGCGCUGCACGCACAAGCAUCUUCAUGAUGGACGCCCACGGAAACAACGCGUUGCACAUGGCUGUCGUCCACGACCUCCCCGACGUGUACGACUUUGCCGUGCGCCACGCCAUGUCUCGGUUCCCAAACGCGUGCCCCAAGCAUUUUGAUCCAUUGGACACGUCCAAACCGUACGACCUGCCCCUCUUCAUGAAAAAGCUCCACGGCAGUGAAAAAGAUCACUUUGAACGAUUCAUUCGCAAGCACAACACAGAUUACUUGUCCCCGCUGACGCUGGCGGCCGCAAUGGGCCGAUCCCGCAUGUUCCAGCACAUCAUCAAGUCUCUCAGCGUCAAGUCGUGGUCGUAUGGUCCCGUGACGUCCAUGAUGAUUCCGCUAAAAGGGGUGGAAGAACGCGCCCGACGCCAACGGCCCAAGAAACUCCACGCGGCGAAGAACGGCGAAGUCCGCCCGACGACGGCCGAAGUGCCAUCUGCAGAGACAUCAUACCAUCACCACCUGCACAGCCAUGCCAAGCCUUCGUGGUGGCAUCGUAUGCUAGAGCGUCGCAACAUCAAGACGGCCGUCGAAUGCCUCGGGUCGAACUCGCAACUGUCGAUUUGCAUCGACCCCAAGACGCUCAAGGACGUCAUGCGCCAUCGUCUCGAAAUGAUCGACACGUUUGAAGUCAAGAUGGUGCUCGACAAGAAAUGGGAGUUUGCAGGGCGACGUCUGUUCAACUGGAACUUUCGGCGGCAUGUGCUUUUCUGCGGCGCGUUCACGGCGUCGACUUUCUUCACCCACCACUACCGCGUCGACGGCGCACACAUCGACUGGGCCGCUGCAUGGCCACACGUGGCGCUCGAGUGCGUCGUUGUCGGCGAGAUGCUCUACCGCGUGUACUACGAGUUCAAACAGAUCAAGAAGAACGGCGUCGCGGGGUACUUGGAAGACACGGGGGCCGGCAUGGUCGACAACGUGCUCAAGUUGUCGUUCUGCAUCUUGAUCGCACUGGCCAUGAUCUUUCGUGCGACGGGGCAGUUUGUGACCGAAGACGCGUGCGCGGCGCUGGCGCUCCUCGCCACGUACUUUUACUUUUUCUUCUUUUUGCUCGGGUUUCGCAGCACAGGGCCGUUCAUCGUGAUGGUGCUGCGCAUGCUGGUCGUGGAUGUCGGCCGGUUUGUCGUUCUCUACUUCUUUGUCUUGACUGGGUUCGGCAUCAGCUUGUACGUGAUUGUGGACCAGCGUGCCGGGUUCAACGCUUGGUACUUGCGCAUGAAGCGGUUGUCGCUUGCGUCGUUUUGUUCGACGUUCACGUGGAGUGAUUUCCAACUGAUCGACGUCAUGGAACUGAGCCAGUUGAGCCAGCUCCUUGUGUUCACGUACUUGUUCAUGGUCGCGGUUGUAUUUCUAAACCUUCUCAUUGCCACGUAAGGCAGCCAUCGCCACGACGUCGCUUUGCGCGAUUGACAUGGACUGUAGGAUGGGCAACACGUACGAAUCGAUCAUUGAAGCGUCCGAGCAGCAAUGGUACGCCGAACGCGCCAAUAUCAUGAGCAGCAUGGAAAUUACGCUGUCCAAGACGACGAGAGAAGCGAAUCGGAAGAGGUAUGCCGUCGAACUCGAAGGCGAGCGGUACCUUCAAGUGGAGUAUGUCGAUUCGGACACGUGGCUCGGGACGAAGGAGCAUGACCUGCAAAAGACGUUCUGCGACUUCAAGAACGCGGUCGCUGAAUACCGCGCCAAGAAAGCGGCCGACAACGACGAUAACGACGUGAAUGAAGAUGACGAAGCAACCAUCCAGAAUCGAAUCGAUGCGCGGAUAUACGAGCUACACGAUGUGCUCUUUCAGCAAUAAAUGUUCGUUUUCCAUGUCCUCGCGACGCCAAGUCAUGAAUAUCGUCCACGACGUCCACCAGCGCUGCGUCUACCCCGAAGCUCCGUCGACGACGCGCCCUCCUUGUGCGUCCAGCGUCCAUGCGCUUGAGUCAGUCGUAAGUUUGACUUCGGUGAAUUUA